AUGUCCUCAUCUAAGCACGUCGUUUUCGACAUCGUCGGUACACUCGUCUCCUACGACCAUGUUUUUGACGCUAUUGAUACCCGUCUGGGAGAUCGACUGCGCGCAGAGGGAAUCAAGCCCCGUCUACUGGGAUUCACCUGGAUGGAAGCUGCCGAGCGCGAGUACACUAAUCUGAGUCUUGCACAAAGCUACGUCCCCUUCGGUUCAGUUUUCCACGCACUUUUCUACCGCAUGCUCUGGAUGGCCGGUAUCGCUGAGCCACGGACCUGGGCCUCACCUGAAGAUCUGGAGUAUAUCAUGGCGGAAUACCAACUUCUCAAAUUCCGUCCUGGUGCGGCAGAGUGUGUUCAGAAGCUACGUGAUGCCGGUUUCACGGUGUGGGCAUUCACCGCGGCGGAUAUUAACCGUGUUGGUGGCUAUUUCAGGAAUGCGGGUGUUGAGCUGCCUGCGGAGAACUUGCUGUCUUGUGAUGACGUCGGUGUCGGUAAGCCUGACUUGGAGGCUUAUCGUCCCUUGUUGGAGAAGCUGAAGUCGGAGAAUGAUGGGAAGACACCUUGGUUUGCGGCGGCGCAUAUGUGGGAUGUCUCUGCGGCGAGGAAGGCUGGAUUCAAGGGAGCAUACUGCUCUGUGUGGGAGAAGGAGUCCUUGUCAGAACUCUUUGGAGAAAUGGAUGUUAUGGAUGAUACUUUGCCAGGAAUGGCGGAUAAGAUCAUUGCCCACCAGGCGUCGUCUUGA